ACAUGGCUCCAUUAUUCCACACCAGAAUUAAAACGAUCAGAAUAGACUACACGUGAUGAACCGACUACAAAGCGUGCAACGACGUAGCAACAGCAAGGCCAUGUCAUUAGUAUUUUGGGAUGCGCAUGGUAUAAUUAUCGACUAUCUUGAGAAGAGAAAAACCAUCAACAGCGACUAUUACAGAAUGUUCGCUGGAAAGAAAUUUAGCGCCGAUGAAAAGGUAAUCGUCGAAACUGAGGUCUAUUUUGUGGCUAAAGAUAAAUUGUACUAUAAAAAUGGUAUCGAAAAUUGUAUGACUGCUAUAAUCGGAUGGCGGGCUCAGGACAACUCAUUUCAUUCAGCUGAAACCAGUCUAGGUUCAAACGAGGCGAUUUCAGUCGACAUAAUUCAUACCCUUGUCGGGUUUUGAAUUUAAUAAAAAAGGGGCAAAUGCCACUUGUUGCCGCUUUUGAUCACGCUGCCUGAUGAGAUCGCCUCUGCCCUACGAUCGAAACCGUCAAAGCCAAAUACAUAACUUUCACCAUAAUCGUCCGUCUGGUUCAAACCAUGCAAAAAUACACCAUUGUGCAUACGGUCUCAAUAUUACACGGAGUUCUUGACGGAUUCUCCCAUUGGCCACUACCCCCAGAACCCCUUUAUCUUUUAAGUAGGUAGGAUCGCCCGAGCCUUAAUGAUUGGCACUUAGUGCUAGCAUAAGAUAAAAUCCGGCGUCUACCGAGAUUGUGGCAACUUGGAAAAAAUAAUCGUUGGCUCGACAAUAUAAUUGGCCUCGAAGUGUGUUAAAGCACUUCAUUCAAGAUCGUAACGGUACACUACAAAAUUACAGUACCCUGUAGGAGGGAAUGCGGCCAGGAGUGCGCUCGCCGGUGAUUAUUACCCUGAUUUAACUCAGGCACUCAUUCAUAGCUGAAUCGGCUGACAUCGGACAUCAAGUGACAAUAGAAAUCCCACUACUCUAACCGCUCAGCCAUCCGGACACUGAUACUAUUUCACGAACCGAUCGCUUGGGCUAA